CGCAUCUUUCUCAAGCCUACAGAAUACCUCGAACAGGAAAAUAUGGCACCAAUUCUCGUCACCGCAAGAAUAGUCUGCUCGAGCAAGGAGGCGCGAGCUACCGUCCUCGACGCCUUCCACAAAAUCAUAGAAUUCACACAGCCCCAUGAGCCGGAUGUUCUCCGCUAUGUGGUCACACUUCCCGCCGACGACACCACAGGCACCGUACUCUACAUGAUCGAAGAAUACGCCUCCCAAGCCGCCAGCGACGCCCACCUCGCCACCCAACCCGUCAAAGAUCUCAUCACCCUCUUCACCACCACCUCAGUCCUUGCUGCACCCCCUGACGUCCACACCUCCACCGUCACAUCGAGCAAGACAUGUGCGCCGACCCUAAGCCCCACCAGCAAGCCUGCCAUCGUCCUCGCGCACUUCGAUUACAAGCCCAACACAGUCGCGCGUGCGCUGCAAGGCUGGGCUGAGGUCGUGGACUAUGCGAAGGAGAAGGAGUAUUGGACGAGGGGGUACACAGUUGGUGAGGAAAAGGACAAGAGUUGCGUGAGGACGGUGGAGACGUAUGAGAGUUGGGAGUUCUUGGACACUGUGCAUUUGAAGAGCGAGGCGGUGGGGAAGAACCGGAAACACAACGGGGCGGAUAGGACGGGCCAGGGAGAGGUGAGGGUAGUCGCUGUGGAUGGGUUUUUGGGAAGGGAGGGAAGAAGUAAGUUGUAG